GUGCUUCGAGUUUUGUAUUUUUGGCCAUGGACGGUACAGAACAAGUGAACAAAGAGCUCACAAAGAUUGAAGUUGAUGACACUUCAUCAUCAGUGGAGAUCAAAGUGUUGUUAUUCGCCAGAGCUCGCGAGCUCACAGGCGUGCCUGAUCUAACACUGAAGAUGCCAUCAGGUAGCACAACACAGAAAUGCAUGGACGAGUUGGUUCUCAAGUUCCCAAACUUGAAAGAGGUACGUAGCUGUGUGGUUCUUGCCCUGAACGAGGAAUAUACAACCGAUUCCGCCAUUGUUCAACAUAGAGAUGAGUUAGCCAUCAUACCUCCGAUAAGUGGCGGCUAAUGCAUCAGCACUACUAAAACUCCCUUGAUUUGGGUUAGUCAUUUAAUUGGCAGUAAUCAAACAUGUAAAAGUUAAGGUACCUUUGUCACAAACAACAACAGAAAUAUCUGUCUUAUAAUAAAAGAAAGGUUUACAUCA